UGUUUGCAAGCAGUGCUGCCAGUAGGAACUGCCACAAGAACCGCUACUGUAGAAUACUACUAGCACAGACGCAAGUAUUGCCGAAGAAAAGGCUGACAGGCUUCCCCGCUUUGAGCAUAACAAUCGAUGCGGCACGGGUGUUUCUUCACGGGUUAGACUUGUUUCGAGCUAUUGUCAGUUUUGGUUUCGUCUUUGCCAUGUGUCUCAGCUUGCCUCAGCUUGAAAGGCCGCAUUGCUCUGUUCUUCACGGCAUAUCAUCACUUCAUGCCGGCAGCACCGUGGGGUCCAUCACUUGGAACAGGAAAAAGGGCUCAAUGCUUCGGCUGUUCAGUGCCUAUGGCCGACCCGCUACCAUGACCAUGGUAAACCACUUCGCUGUGCCAUGUAAAGAGCUCAGUGGAGAGAGGCAUUGCUGGCAAAAGGCUAGCCAGGGCAUCCCCCGGGCUAGCGCAGGUACGACUUAUUCCAGCAAGGGCUUAGGACGGCCAAUUGGGCAUUCCGCAACCCAAGCCCAUGGAGCUUCUGGAAGGUUUCACGACCCACAUUUCGACCUUCUAUAGCCAAUCUUCCCAGAUUCGUCGUCGCAAUGCCAGGCCCUGCUGUGCAAGGGCACGGCAACCGAAGGUCCCGGGUGGUGCUGGCACUCGUACGGCGGUAUGGCGUAUCCAUUCCUGUAUAGCCAUUCCCGGCCUCAA